UUUCUGCAAGAUCUCCAGCACUCACUGAGCAAUACCUCAGAUGAUGAGGCAUCAUCUCUUGAGACCUCAAGAGGUCCUCUCCUAGCUUCCUCAAACUGGAGCACAAGACAAAGUCUCUUUUCAGAGAGAUGGAGGACAGAGAGACCACGUCUGGUGAACACCGCUGCGGCACAUGAAAAUGUAGCAACACGCAUCUGCCAACAGUGUGGGAGCAAUCCAGCUGCUGUCCGCUGCAGUGACUGUUGACCACAGCCCUUUUUCUGUGCUCAGUGUGAUGUCAGUAUGCACACCAGACAUGUUCUCCAUAACAGAGAUGCCAUGACGGCUGGAUUCUACCAGCCAUUGCCUCCAACAACUUUUGUUGUAGAUAAGGCUCUUUCCCAUUGUGUACGGCUUGUACCUGUGGAGAUCCCUUACAAAAUCUGUGAUUGUUCACGAGAGUCACUAAGGGUCAGUCCAGGGAAGACUGUUGCUGUAAUCACAAUGAAUGGACGAUAUGAUCUAAGCAUGCCUGAGUUGAGUUGUGAGGCAUGCCAAGCCACGUGGGCUGCUGGAGUGGGUGAUCUAAAUCUGAGUGACUACUGGCCUGCAACCCUUCACUUUGCCACUAUUUAUGCCACAGAUGUCUUCUUCUCAUUUGAAGAAAUGAAGAUGGCUGCACCAGGACUGUCCUGCCAAGCAUUUUUGAGAAUGCUCGAUCAGCGAACUGUCCGCUUUGGUCGUUGUGGCAAGAUCUCCAAAGACAGUUUUCAAAAAAGUUUUUUUGAGUGGGAGGCUGUGCGAUACGAGGUGGACAAAAUCUGUAAGGAAGAGCCCUUCAUCUGUCCUGCGUGCAGCCCAGACAUGCUGGCAGUUUCAGUCGAUGGAAACCGCAAGCAUUACCGUUUCAAGAAUGCAGCUAGACCUGAAGAAAAGGCCAUCUUUGAAGACGUCUUUAUAGCUAAGGAUGAAGAUGUGACAAGAUUUGUGGACUACAUUCACAAGACAUCCAAACAUGUGAGUGGACGAGGUGUUUGUGGAGGGGAGUGGUCAGCAGCCAGAGAGACCUCCCAGAGAUCUGCCAGCAAGGUAGACGAGGAGGGAUUGGAGCUUGCAGUGUGUCGACACGGAGUGCUCCUCCGUGCUUUAAAUAUGUACAGGGGUGAAAUUUUUGCCUAUCCCUUGUACCUGCAAGAAAAGCUGGCCAGUAGGCAAAUACAUUUGUUUUGUAUGGAUGUGACUUGCAAAUAUUGGCCCUACCUCCAAAGAGUUGCAAAAAGCUGUCCAGAGCUCCAGCACCUUCUUAACAUGAAGCCCUUCCUUUCAGUGUUCCAUGCCAAAGCCCAUGAUUUUAAAUGUGAGGUGAAAUGGAGUGGGGCAUAUCAGGAUGGGGCUGGUUUAACCCUAGGUGAGGAGGUGGAACAGUGCAAUGCUUUCCUGUCUAGGAUUGCAGUGACUACAAAACACAUGUCCAAAGCAGACCACAAAAGCUCUGUAAAACCAUUGCUAAACCUAGAGUCUUUAAAAGUUGAACUGGCAGUGACAGAGAGCCAGUUGGAAGACUGGCUCAACGAAGUAAAGGAGUGGGCAGAUACAGCAGCAACAACAACCACAAAUGAUGCUGAUGCCUUGGCCAGCAGAAUUGAGGUACUUGUGGCGAGUAUCAAGAGACGUUCUCAGCGUCUCUAUAAAGAUACAGAUGGCAACAAAGGUCGUGCCAGGAUCCGCCGCAAAAUCAGGGAGGAGAAGGGGACCCUGACAUCAAUUGUUGAGAAAUACAACAGAAUGGUUCCAAACACAGAAACUCUGUGCUUGGAAACCAUUUUGUCUGGUGAGACAGCUUGGCCAUGGCAGCUACCACACAGUGACUCUGUUAAUUUUAGGACAAAGAGAAAGGCAUUCGACAUCAUGAUGUCAUUAAGGAGACUUCAGGAGGAGCAGAAGAUUCUUGUUGCAGAGAUGAACAACCAUUGGAGAUAUCUUUCAACUCGUGCUGAUGCCCUCAGAGAACUGUCCUGCUGCUUUGCCAAGGAGACAAUAAAAAAUUCGCAAUGUGGCCUAACUGAAGAGGGUUUGAAAGGUCUGCAGUGCAUCAUCCACAGAAAGCAGCGUAAAAUCAGAGAUAUGAGGGUGCAAGCAAGAGACUGUUACCUGCAAGUUUUGACUGGAGCAGAGAACACCAACUUCUUUAACCAACUGUCAGCUGAUGACUACAACAGUGACUUCGACAUUUCUGAUGACGAACUGUAAUCCAGAAGACAAUGUUUUUUUUUUUUUGUUUUUUUUGAUGGUGACCUUGACCUUAACCCUGAAUCUAAAGCAUGUAAUAAAAUCUGCUGUUGAUCACCUUAUAAAUAUACCCAAAGUGUACUGUCUGUUUUUUUCCACGUUACAUAGAAAUGAUUUUAUGCAUGCCUCUACAACCAGUCAGUGGUGAAAAUGAAGUGCAUUAUUGUAAGGCUAAGUACAGUACUGUACUAAAUUAUAGAUUUGAGGUACUUUCUCAUCAUGCCACUGUGUAGUUGGGCUAGGCUAUAGUUCACAGAAACUUUAUUUUGUUAUAAAUAAAACUACUCUUUUUGUGCUUACAAUGUAAGUACAGCCCAACUUAGAAACCAAACAUUCAGUUGAGUAAUGGAGAAAAUAAUUAG